AUGUUCUUAAUUUUAUUAACAAAAAUUUCUUAUCAAGAGUUCGCGAGCUUUUCAUCUCAUGAUGUUCAGCAUGUCUUCACAUCCUUAAUUCUGAUCAGUCUUUCGACGCACAUUCACAUGGCAAAUGAGGGCAACAGAGGAAAGAAAGUUAAUUACAAUGAUAUACUUUUAUGGCUUUCAUAUUUCUGCCAUUUACUUCAAGAGCAACAGAGAACUUUACUUUUUCUGAAUGUCUGUGCUUCCCUUUUCCUCGCCAAGAGGGUGUUUAUGGCAAAGUCAAAGAUCGCUGAAAGAUAA